CGUACUAUAUAUAAGUCUGUGGUAUGUGGUUUUUGCUCUCACAGACCUUGAGCUCUUCAGUCAUGAAAAUGUAUUUGAUUUCUUUAUGACAACAUAAACAUAGAAUCUGAUGAUGGCUCUCCUUGCAGAAGGGUUAAUUCAUCUAAGUUAUUUAAGUUUAGAUUUACUUUUAAAUUUGCGCAAGUUCACUCCGAUCUGUCUUUUGUUUUACACCACUUAUGUUUGCAUACUCGUUCAUGUUGUUGAAGCGAAAGAAGUCAACAUCGAAGUAUUUCAGUAUGCCAAAUACAAUUCUAAGAAUAGCCACGACUCAGGCAAAGCAUCAGCGUUGUCAGCAUCGUCAUCCUUUUUCAAACCUAUUGUUUACGCCACCAACAAUGAAUUCAACAUAAAUGAACAUGAAGAAUAUCAACACUGCACUGUUGAUCUAAGCCAAAGAAAAAAUCCAGAAGCUAUAAUUUCAGUAAAAGGAAGAUAUUUGACAGCAGGAAGUACUCAUCUUGUUGAAACUGGAAGGCUUCACUUGCUAUCAAGUGACAAUGAUGGCAGGAAUGAUGAAAAUGGAUUUGCUAGAUUACCUCAAGACUGGGUUGGCGUUAUUCAUUAUACAGCAGAAACUGACGGCAAUGCAGUUGAUGGAAAUAGCAAUGACUCACCGCUCAUUUUGGAAAGGGUUCGUAAAGCAUUGAUGUUCGGGGCGUCUGCUAUAAUCAUCUUAACACUAAAUCAAGAAAUAAUACAAGAGGUGCAAACGAUGACGCACACAUGCGUCUUGUCUCCUCUGACACAGAUGAUAUCGCCAUAGAAUAUUAUUCAGAGAUGCAAUCCUUGAAAAAGCCUUCUAUAAACACAUAUAAAGUGUGUGUUCAGUACUAGAUUUUGUUGUUUUAUUGAUCAUAGACAACUACAUUUUUAUCGUCAGGCUUUCCAUUGUCACAGCAGGCAUGUCAUUUCUGGCUU